AUGCUCGAAAGAUCCAACUAUCGCGCAUUUGAAGCCGCGCUUUUUGACCUGGACGACGUUCCCGAAGUCAAGAUCAAGUUUCGACGAGGCUCCCGCGGCUUCAAGCCCCUCCUUAAUGACGUGCUAUCCGGCGCCGCUCUGAAUCGUCUCUUUCGAACAAAUAAACUCGAUCUCGUGUACGAAGCUCACGGUGUCACUAUGCGCUAUAUCCUCUUCUUGUUCCCCGAGCACACCGCCGACGGCUCAACCAUCAAGCUGAGUCCCUCCGAAUGGUUCGAUUAUCUGCUCCUCGAGACAGUGGGCGAGAAGAACGAGUUUCUUGGUAAUAUAGGCCUAGAAGUCAUCUUAGUCUUUGUCUUACGAGAGUACUCCAUCAAAUUAAACAUCGCUAGCAAUACAAAGGCUCGUUGGAUAGAGCAGCUCAGCGGCUGA